AUUUUUUUUUUAUCGGCUGGCAACCUUGCACAUUUAGUGAAAUCCAAUUUAAUUGCAGCUAAUAUUCGUUCGCUUUAUUUUGUGCUGCAAAUAUUGUAAAUAGUUAUUCCGCGAUUCUGUGUAUAUAAACAACAAUAAUGUGCAACUUUAAUAAAUAGUAAAUAAUACCAAAUAUCAUUGAUUUUAUGCAGCAAUAGCUUGCCGAAAAAACCCGUACGUGUAAGGCAGGAAAAUCGAACAACUUUCUUUUUCCAUAGUGUGUGUCAGUGUGUGUGUGUGCGUGCGUAUGUGUAUCGCUGCCAUGCAAAUGCGAAAAAGCGCAGCGUAAAUCGCAAAACUACGCAAAAACAAAAGUUAAUUAAAAUAGAAAAUUCGCGUUAAUUAUACGGCUAGCGGCCAGGUGAACACGCCCGUCGUUGGCAAACGCCCACGCGAUUAACUCACACACACACACACAUAGCUGCCGUCGUUGUUGCCACUGCAGUAAACAACAAUAAUAAAAAUUGAAAAAUGAAGAAAAUCCUGUCGAAAUUCGACAGAAAUGAGAAAUUGGACAACUCGCACAACAGCUCUUCAUCCAAGGAGACAAACAGUUUCGUUGGCAAGGUUUUCACAGUCGGACGCGUCACGGUCACCGUGGAGGAUGUCUUGGCCGAAGGUGGUUUUGCCAUGGUUUUUCUGGCGCGCGGCAAUGGCGGAGGCAGUGCAUCAGCCAAUAAAUACGCACUGAAACGUAUGUACGUCAACAAUGAGCACGAUCUGAACGUGGCCAAGCGUGAGAUACAAAUUGCCAGCAAUUUGAGCGGUCACAAGAACAUCAUCGGCUAUGUGGAUUCGAGCAUUACGCCAACCGGGAACGGAGUGUGCGAGGUGCUGCUCCUAAUGCCAUAUUGCAAGCAUCACAUGCUGGCCAUGAUGAAUGCUAGAUUACACGUUGGCUUCACCGAACCGGAAGUGCUAACCAUCUUCUGUGAUAUUGCCGAGGCUGUCUCCCGUUUGCAUUACUGCCAAACGCCCAUUAUACAUCGGGAUCUGAAGGUGGAGAAUAUCCUGCAAACGGACGGUGGCAAUUUUGUGCUCUGUGACUUUGGUUCGGCGACGGCCAAGACUCUGAAUCCCCAGCAGCAUGGUGUCACCGUGGUCGAGGAGGAGAUACAGAAGUAUACAACGCUAUCGUAUCGUGCGCCUGAAAUGAUUGAUCUGUACAGUGGGAAGAGCAUUACGACGAAGGCGGACAUCUGGGCACUGGGCUGUAUGCUCUAUAAGCUCUGCUUCUUUGCCCUGCCCUUUGGCGAGAGCACGCUGGCCAUACAGAACGGACAGUUCGCCAUACCGGACAACUCGAAAUACUCGCGCGGCGUACAUCAGCUGAUCAAAUAUAUGCUGGACACGGACAUGGAAAGGCGUCCCAAUAUUUGGCAGGUGUGCGAAGUCGCCUUCCGGCUGGCGGGCAAAGACAAUCCCGUGCAGAAUUUACAUAAAUCCGCCUUGCCCAACUUUGAGCAGCUGCUGGUGCCACCGUUUGAGUCCGAGGCAAAACGCAUCAGUGCAGCCGCCGCCAAAGCAGCCAAGCCGCAGCAGAACGUGUCCCUGGUGGAGGCGGGCACCAGUGUGGCGCCACGUUCCCGGCCCAAAGGCUCCACCACGGUGCAUGGCCAGAAUGCGCUGGGUCUGGGCCUGCCGCCCAGUCCACUGCCGCGUCAGAGCAUCACAUCGCCACAACCACAGCCCGUGGUCGAGCAGUUUCAGGCCAAUUUUCCCGCUAUGCCGGCGGUGGUCCCUGCCCCGCCAGCUGUCGCCGCCGUCGCCGCAGCAGCAACUGUGCCGACAACAGCUGCUGCGGCGGCCAGCGCGACGGCGCCAGCAGCUGUCAACAGCCUGUUCGAGUCGAGCGUGUAUCCGGAUCCGUUCAAUGAGGCAGCCACAACAGUUGCUGCAACUGAAGCAACGGCAGCAUCUGCUGCCAGCGAGGCUGUCAGCGAAUUGCCGGACACAUCGGUCAAUGAAUUGGCCCUGCCGGCCGCCGUGGGCACGCCCACCAAGCACAUGCUGACGCCGCCCAAAUCCAGCGGCGGCGGCCAUCGGCGCAAUGUCAGCGACACCUCGGCCUUUAACAAAACCUUUGCCAAUGAGACCAGCCAGUUCCUGGCGCCGUUUAACAACAAUAUCGCCAUGUCUGGCGACGGACCGCAGAAUGUGACGUUGGCCAGCGCUGCCUCCAAUCCGGGCAUUUAUGCGAGCAGCAGCGCCACAGCCACAUCGCUGUCCAGCAACGAGCUGGCGCGCCAGACCAUGGACAAGCGCGUCGAGGCAUGGAAUCCGUUCGAGGAGGAGCAACCCUUCAGUCAGAUGACCGAGGAUAACAUAUUCGAGGCCGAGUUCGACAAAAUACGCCAGCGCGGUAGCCAAGGGAGCAUAACGGCCAAGUCGGCAUCCACCACGUCCACACUGACGCCCACGGAGCAGAAUGUUGCGGUUCCGGCGGCGGUAGCCAGCGCAACGGUAGCCUUGACAGCUCCGGCUCCGGCACCAGCUGUGGCAGCAGCGCCCGCGGCUGUGUCGCCAAAUCCGCCGGCGGCGUUGGCUGAGGAUCCGUUCGGCUCGGCGCCGUUCAGCUUGCCGCCGGGUCUGCGCGAGAAGGCGAGCUCGUUGCGCAAAACUGGAGCCAAAUUCAUUGUGAGCUGCUCCUCGGGCGGUGGCACGCCCAGCAUCACGGCGAGCACUGGCAAUGCGAUGAUCUCAUCCAGCUCGUCCAAGUGGCUGCUGUCGCCCACACUGGAGGAGGACAAAACCUCGCUGUUGAGCCGCUUGAAAACCGAUUCCGAUGGCCUCGGUCUGCGCGAGAGCGAGGGCUGCGUCGGUGGCGGAGCUGUCUCCACGUCGGGCUUUGUCAAGCUGCCGCUGGAGGAUCGCAACAAGUAUGAGAAGCUGCGCAGCAACGAUCAGCCCACAUCCGAUGACUCCGAUUCGGAGUUCUUUCAGCAGGAUAGCGACGAUGGCGGCGGCGGCGGCGGUGGUGGAGUUGGAGGCAGCGCCAAGAAGGCGGCCAUCUUCAAGCAGAUCGUGACGAGCAACAUACCGGAGACCAUACACAAGAUCCAGCAGGUGGCCUACCAGAAGGUGGACAAGACAACGCACUUGCCCAUUGUGAAGAAGUUGCGGCAAACGGCGACCACAAAGCGACCCUCAUCGUCGGCACAGCAGGCGGCGCAGCAGCUGAAUCUGAUGGCCGCCGCGGUGGCUGCCCAGGCUGCGCAGGCGGAGGCGGCGGCAGCUGCCCAGGCGGCGGCCAGUGUGGAAUCGGACGAUGAUGAUGCCGAUUCCAUUGGCUCGGCCAGCGAUUUGCGUGCCGAGGAUGAUGAUCUAUUUGAUGAGAAUCCCCGUCAUGCAGCACAAGCCAAGCCGCGUCGUGUUCUGCCCUUGGACAUGGACGGCAUCAGCGAGAGCGUCAAGACGUGCAGCAGCUCGGCCUACCAUGCCGAGUGCGAGAGCGUCACCACGCACGAGGACGAUGUGCGCAGCCGUGUCGUGGUCAAGGUGCGCCUGCGCAAAAAGGAUCGUUUCGCAGCGGUGGCCGCGGCGACAGAAGCCAGCACCGGCUGUGCGCCCGUCAACGAGGAGCUGAGUCCCACGUCCAGCGAUCUGCUGCAUAAAUUCGGUGAUCGGCCGCUGCUGCUGGACGAUGAGCUGGACUAUGGCUCCGCGGAGAGCAAGAGCAGCACUGAAUCCGCGCCAGCGGCGGCGCCCGUUGUUGAGCCGGCUGAGGAUGAGCUGGAUGUGUUUGCCAUGGCACCAUUCAAGCUGCCCGUGGGCAAACCGCCCAAGCGUGUGGCCAAGCCAAAGCUGGCGCGGCACAGGCCCAGCGAGCCGGAAAUGUGGACCUCGACGCCGGUUAAGGGUGCACAGGGCGAGACGCCCGCCAGCCAGGCGGCCAAUUUUGCCAACUUUCCAGCGCAGCAGGAGCAGCUGCAGCCGGCACAGCAGCAGCAGCUGGAUGAAUUCAAUGAGCCCAUCUUUAAUCCGUUUAUCGAAACGCCAGCGAAGGAGCAGCAGCAGCAGCAACAUUUGGAGGAGCAGCGCGAUCUCUUUGGCUCGGAGCCAUUUCCGCAGGUAAUACGCAAAUGUGUUGUUGUCACGCCCGACUAUCCCAGCCACAACCACAACAACAACAACAACAUUGUGAUCAAAGUGAAUGCUCCUGUUCCUGCUCCUGUUGUGACCAUCAAUCAUUCGAUUAUAAUCAAUAAAACGCCCGAGCCGCUGACCAAUCACAAUCCCAACUGCUCCACCACCAGCAGCAGCAGCUCCUGCACCACCACAACCACGACCUCCUCCACCACCGCCGCAGCGAACAGCAGCAGCAGCGUCUAUGUGAAUGUGCCCGCCAUGAGCAGCUCCUGCAGCAGCAUUCCCUUGCCCGCAAUCAGCACACUAAUCCCGCCGGCACCGACUCCACCGCCAGCAGCACACUUGCAGCCACUGCUGGCCAUUGCCGAUAAUGGUUUUGUCCAAAUCUCUCAAGAACGCUGCUCGGACUUCACGCCCGACGACGAGGAGGAGCCCGUGGUGUUGCGCGCUGCCGACCUGGUGGCAGAUGGCGAGACGGCGUCCGGCAUUAAGCCGAAGAAGGAGAAGUCCCAUUUGGCUGUGAGGGCAUUGCCGGCCAAGCUAACCCAAAAGGUCAAGGGUCAUGCCUAUAAAAAGGUCAGCGCCGGCGCACUGGGCUCCACAUCAUCCCUGAGCUCCGGCAGCAAGCAGAAACACCAGCGCCUCCAAUAUCAAUCGCACGACGACGAUGACGAUGACGAUGUCAAGGUCGCCCAGGAUGAGAACAGUCGUGGCAGCAACACUCGCAAUUCGCAAUUCCAGUCUAAUACCAUACAGAACUCGGCCAAGACGGGCUUCAGCAACAUGAGCUUUGAGGAUUUCCCAUCGGAUCAGGAAAUCGAUCGCAUGUCCAAAACGAUUCCAUUCGAGGUUGUGCGCAAGGAGAAAAUGCUGCUCGAGGCGGAAAAGAAAUUUGGUUCGCUCAAGCGACGCAACAAUCUCUUUUCCUAAGUGAGAGCGAGCGAGAGAGAGAGAGAGAGGGAGAGAGAGGGAGAGUGCGGGCCCACCCGGUUACAGUCGUGGCUGUGCUUAUCGGCACGCUGUUAUCAGUGCGCGUGGAAAAUUCCUAUAAAAAAAAAAUAAUAUAACAGAGUGUAGACUGAGAUAAUGUUUUUAAAAUUGGCAUUGGCUUCUACUUUUCUCUCAGUGUGCGUAUUUACUCUAUUUUUAUUUGAUUUUGUUAUAUUUAUGCGUAUUUUUUAUACUUUUAUCAGCAGCCGCCACAGUUACAUACACAAAGACACACUCACACACACACACACAUACACACGCAAUUAACUUCCAUGCACGUAGAGAUAUACCUACAUAUAUAUAUAGAACAUAUAUAUAUACAUAUAUACCGUUCCAAGCGCAGAUCAUGUAUUUUUUGAGCAUAGUAUUUCUCUGGCCAUUUUUAAACCAGAGCUCAAAACUCCGAUAGAAAAAAAAAAAACAAAUACUAAAACAGCUAACCUAAAAAUUGCAAAAGAUAUAUAACUAAUAUUAUAGCUGUUAUUUAGUGCAAAAAUAAACUGUAAAUUAGUUGUAGCACAUUUGAUCAGAUGUUGCAAAUGAAUUAUAUAGAAUUUAUACGAUUGCGUAAGUUUACCAAAGUUACAUUUAUUUGUUUAUUGCAUUUUCCAAUUGAUUUGCUUUAUCAAAUGCACACUAUUAUUUAUUUAUACUUGUAUGCAUACAUAUAUACAAAACAUCAAUGUGAUUAUAAUACCCUAACACCCAAAAAAAAACAAAAACAAAAACAAUGAUCAAUUAAACAACAAGAAAAUAUUUACUAACAAAGCCGUUUGAAUAUGGCCACAAAUAUUUCAAUGAAAUUCGUACUCACUUUGUUUAUGAAUAUGUAUUAUUAUCGACUGUAUAAAAUAUAUAUAUAUAUAUAUUAUACUCGGCGAAUAA